GAAUAAGACGAGAGAUUAAAAUCAAAAGGUUAACGGCGUCAAACAGAAAAAUCGGAGAAAGUAUUAAAUGUGUUUCACGUUCAAAGAUGUUUAUAUAUGCCAAUUAAGAUAAUAUGAAACGAAGCAAGAAAAUACAUGUACCUUUCUAAGAACAGACAGAUAUAUGCUAGAGAGAAAAGAAAAGUAAAAAAAUAAAUAAGACGAAACUGAGACGCAAGUGCAAAAUUCGACGGAGGCAGCCAAGCAUGCAGGCUUGAAAAGGCAAGCGCCCAAUCCCACGCGGCCGCUGCCGCGCAGCGCAAGCGCCGCCACCGGACGCGCCUCGCCUCGCUUCCUCGCGGCCGAGGCGACGCGACGCCCGCGCCCCUCCCGCCGCCGCCGAUCCAGCCAGCGACGCUCCCUCAAAUACGCCCCUACCCUGCCCGCCUAUCCCGGUCGGCUGAUUAUUGCGCGCGAUCCGCUCGGAGACGGAGAGUCCACGGGUGGUGGUGGUGAUCGUCGUGCCGGGCUUUGAUUUGGGCGUCGGAGUCGGAGGAGGCUUGGAUGGGCGGGCGGGGCGAGAGCGGCCGGCGGAGGUGGACGCAGCGGUCGUGCCGGACGGCAGGGUGUGGGGGUAGGGUCGUGAGGCGGACGGUUGCUUCGCCGACCACGGAGGAGGUGGCUGCCGGCGCAGCCCCGCGGCGGACGGAAGGGCUUUCGCUUGUGGGCAAUCAACGGCGUAUCCAUGGAGUACCAGAUUUCAGAAUUAGCACUACAUCAUCAACCAAAAGUGAUUAUAUUUGUUCAGAUUAUAGGGAAUUCAAGCACAAAAAUUCUAGUGGCAAGUCGACAAGAGGUUUUGCCGGUGAACAAAUGAAAAAUGGAAUGGAAAGUUGCCAUUUAGAGCCUUCUGUGAUGGCAGACUUAAUGGAUUUUGAUGCAACAAUGUUGAAAACUUCCUUUUCAUGGUCAAAACGGAGCAAAUUCUCCAACAAUAGAAAAAUGCUUCACGGAAGUAGUGCUACCUCAAGUUAUGAAUCGUCCUGUAAACCUACGUUUCAUCUCAGCAAACAGAAUACUAAUGCAGAGAAGCCUCCAGCACUAAAAAGUUCUGGGCAGAUGCGCAAGUUCAGUCAUCAAUUGGUUAGAAGUGCUGGAAGAUCGUAUUCUAUGAGUAUGGGGUCAAAGAGUGCAAAUUAUUCCCUUUCAGAGAAAAUGUCAACCUUACUUCAACCGCGCCAUGGUAGCAGCCAUCAGAAUGGAAAGUUCGUUGGUGCUUUAAAGAGGCGUCAUAAUAUUUCGCAAUCUGGAGGAGCAAUCAACAAGCUAGGGAAAGAUGAGGUUCAUAAGCAGCCCCCUUCAUCGGUGCAAGGUCAUUGGCAGACUUUAUUGGAUAAUGCAUUAGUUCGACAGAGUAAACUGUACCGUUCAGAACCACGCAUCGAAGAAUCAACUGAACAAUCAUGGAGCUCUACAAAUAGUGAGUCUGAGAAGGCUGUGUGCUUUUCUUCCAGUGGCAGCAUUGAUGACUUGCAAGCAUCGGUUUCAACCGACACUAGUGACUCAAGUGACCACUCUAUGUCUUCUCUCUGUGUAUCAGUAAAUGAACGUUGGAAGAUGACUUUUAAGAAGGUAAAUUGUACUCCUGCUGCAAUUUUAGGCUAUAUGUCUGUCACUGAAUCCAUCAAGGAGAUAGAGCAGCCAAGUCCAGUAUCUGUUCUUGAAAUUCCAGCUGAAGAUUGCUCUAGCACUGAAUCCAUCAAGCUAGAUCUCCAUUCGGGACUUGGACUUGUUAUAUGUCCAUCUGUGGAGAGUGCAGAUGGAGUAGGAGACAUUGGAACUAGUGAUUAUGCUUUGGGGCUGGAUGCUGGUCCAAAAGAUGAAGCAGUACAACUUGUUGAAGAUAUCUUUGAAGUAUUUGGAGAUGAAGAGGAAAGAGAAUUUUCAUACUUGCUAGAUAUAUUGAUUGUAUCUGGAAUUCAUGGCACCAUGGAGGAUCAGCUGUACAAGGUAUGCCAAUCCCUUGAUUGUCCCGCUGGUUAUGAUGUGUUUGAGAAGCUUGAAAAGAAGUACAUGAAAGUUGUUGAAUGGUCAAGGUCAGACAGGAAGCUUAUCUUUGAUAUGGUUAACAACAUAUUAUCAGAAAUUCUUGCGCCAUGUUUGGACAUGCACCCUUGGGUGAAAUCUGCUAGAAAAUUAGCGCCAGUAUGGGGCUCAGAGGGUCUUCUGGAGAAAAUUUUACAGAUGUUGGUCCGGAGAAGAGAAGAAAUUGGGCUAAGUAAGACUAAGCCUGAGAAGAAGGCAUUAGAUCGGAAGUGGCCAGACUUAUCAGAUUACAUCGAUAAGGUAGGAAGGGAUGUUGAGAACAUGAUAAAAGAUGAUCUUUUGGAAGAGCUGCUUAUAGAUUUGUUCUGUUAGGCUGUUAAAUACUUUUGGAGUUUCAGGUUUCCAUAGCCAAUACACUUGCCUCCCUUAUUCGGUUUUUUAUUUUUUUUAGGUCCUUAGUUUGCAAUGUUUCUUUGGUCCACAAGGUCAAAGUAAUAUUUUUUUGGUUGAAGCAGUGGUUGACAAGUUUUUUAGUUGAGUCGCCGUGCUUGAGGUAGAGAGCCAGGUGUAAAUUUUGUUAGUUUAGAUCAGGUCCAUAGAUUAAAUUCUUUUCUUGAGAAAGGACAUACCAUAGGUUGUAAGCCUAUGAUGGAAUGUGUAAGAAGUGUAGUCGUCAUUCUCUAUUUGUUGGAUAUUCUCAGGUGAAGUCAUUUAAGUCUGUAAAUCUUCCUCUUUUUGAAAAGUCUGUACAUCGGGUAAUUGUUACCCUGUCGACAUUUGUAUUUUUCAUUGGAAAAAUGAGGUUUGUGCUUCUGAGUUUG